AUGUCGGGAGAACUGCAGACUGUCCCUGCGCGGCAUGGCGUGGCUACUUUUGUGCCAAGGGGGAGGACGAUUAAGAUUAUAAAUACAUAUGGGAAGCAGGUUGUGAGUACGUGGGCGUUCAGUCUUCAUGCGCCCCCUGAGGAGGGAGGCGGUGAGGAAGGAAUGGAGGACAUGGAGGAGAAGACUAAAGAGUUGGAGAAAGAGGUGGAGAAAGGAGAGGGGAAGAGGGAUGCAGAGGAGGUGGCUGAGAAGCCGAAGGGACAGGCUAUCGAAAAACUCAAGGACGAGGUAGAGGCCAAAUCCACACAACCCGAAGAGUCCAAAGAGGAAGUAGAAGUUCCACCUGAGCAAGCUCCGGAUACCCCUGAGAAUGAAAAAUCCACCGAAGCUACCGAAGACAACAAACCCGAAAAGCGAACAUGGUCAUCAUAUCUCCCCUCCAUCCCCUAUAGAUCCAAAACAUCGUCUCACAAUUCGAAUGCGCAGCCCGACCAAGAAGCCGAAAAGGCCGAAAAGGCUCGAAAUGAGGCAAAUACCAGGAAGUGGUCUUCAUAUCUGCCUACUGGAAAAGGCUUCUCAAGCUACGUACCUAACGUACAGAUGCCGGACUCAAAAGGUGUCAUCAGCGCAUUUAAAGCAAGCCAUUAUCGAGAUCCAAACAAGAGCUAUGCAGAGCAACUGUACGACUUCUCUAAGACACCUGUCGGUGCUGGAGGCUUAGCUGUGGCAACUGGCUCCGGCACCGCCUCCUCUAUCUACGCAGCAUACAACGCCUACACCAAAAUGGCCCCCUCCAAAACUCAACCCCCGAUGGAAUACCUCUCACUCCCGCACACGCGCGCAGCCACCAACCGCCUCGUCCCCGAAAUCGAUGACACGCUUCUUACCAACCUCCGCUCACCUAUCAUGACACUAAUCGAAGACACCACCCCCGGCGCUCACGACACGCUGACCGCAGCCUGUGAUGCGAGCCUCUACGCUGCCCUCGGUGUCGACAAGCCUGAAGAACAUGGUAGUUGCGCUGAGAACCUGGUCCUUGCGCUUAAAGAAUUAAACGAGAAAGCGGGACUCAAAGGCUCGAAAGCCGUAGGUGCAGAUAUCACUGUCAAUAUCACACCAACGCCUCUCCACCUCUUCAUGAACGCGCCCAUCGAGCUCGAUUCCAGAGCCCAAAGCUCGGGCUCCGGAGCUAAAGGUGCGCAAUUCAUAGUCGAAGAGCCGAAGGGUAAGAAACGAGGCUAUGUAAAAUUCCGCGCAGAGCGAGAUGUGGUUAUUGUCAUGAGCGCGUGCCCAAUGGACAUUGGGCCGCAGAAUGGAGGUAAAUGUAUGGCUGCGAAUUUUGUCGUUGAGGAAGCUGAAGAAGACGAUCUUGCAGCUUCUACGAGCUCGAUAAAGAAGCCGAUGAAGAAGAAGCAGCUUACGAAGCAGGCGGAGGAGGAAGAGAACGGGAAGGAGAAGGAGAGGGCAAAACCCAUGCCCACGCCCCGAGGUGGUCCUGCCAAAUUCGCAAACGUAGGAAAGGAAGAUCCAAUGUCGCCUCGACGUGACAGUGAGGGGGAGCAGAAACAGAAACAGCAGAUGGAAAAGAAAGAGCCCAAUGCUUCCGAAUCCCCGAAGCCCAAGAAGAAACCAAAGAAACUCGAGCGCCGAAGCAGAGCAGAACCUGCAACCGCAACUUCGACACCAUCAAAUUCCACCAAAAGCGAGUCCUCUUAA